AUGAAGGAAGACGAAGUGAACCGAUGCCAGAUACAGGAAUGGUACCCAAAAUUCAAAUCUGUGUCUAUCAAAACUCGGAUUCAUGAACUUCCAGAACCAUUUGUCCAGUACCUUCUAGAUGAUUCGGGGCCCUUCCUCCUCCCUGUUUCAAUCACAAAUGAAGAUGCUUUUCCCAAUAGAAUUCAUAAUCCAGAGGAGGAAGAUGACUAUCAAGUAUCAGAAGGGUCUGAUGACGAGGCAGAGCAGCCUCCAUUGCCACCUUCUUUCCCUGAGCUUGAGUUGCAGGUCAAGGAAUCAAUUGAAUCACUAGGAGGCUCUGUGUUCCCUAAGCUCAACUGGAGUGCACCAAAAGACUCUGCUUGGAUCAGCACAACUGGGACACUCAAAUGCUCUUCAUUCAGUGAAAUUGCCCUCUUGCUACGCUCAUCUGACUCAUUGGUUCAUGAUUUAUGUCAUGCCUACGAUUCUUGCCAUGAUAAAACCUCAUCGAGACCUAAGAGUUUCGUGCUUGCACUUCGUAAAUGGUACCAGUUCCUUAAGCCAGAGAUGGAAUUCCGUUGCUUUGUACGAAAUCAGAAUUUGGUUGGAAUUUCCCAACGUGAGGUCACUACUUUUUACCCUGCUCUACUUGAAAAGAAAGACAGUCUUCGAGUGUUGAUUGAAGAUUUUUUCGUGGAGAAUUUGAUGUCCAGAUUUGAGUCGGAAAACUACACCUUUGAUGUCUAUGUGACAGAGGAUGAUCGGGUUAAGGUUGUGGAUUUUAACCCAUGGGGUGCAUUUACGUUGCCUCUAAUGUUUACAUGGGAGGAAUUGGAUCAGAAUUGCAGUGAACUAGGGGAUGAUGGUGUGGACUUCAGAAUUGUGGAGGGUCAGUGUGCUGUUAGGCCAGGUCUCAAGACUGCAGUGCCGUAUGAUUAUUUGGACACCAGCCCCGGGAGCGGCUGGGACCAGUUUAUGCGAAAUGCCGAUGAAGAGUUGCAGCAGCAAACUAGGAAUGCUCAAGCAGGUGCUUAA